AUGUCUGAGAAUUUGCCUACGGAAACUCACAACUCUCCGGAGUUAGCCAAGGCUGCUGUUUCUGAAGAAGGCUCGUUGAAGGACAUGUUACAGGCCAACCGAGAGGAUGAGACGCAGGCCUACGCUCCUCCAACCAUUAACGACGCUGUCACAAAUAUUGCGAGAUCAAAACCCCUUGUAUUGGAGCAGCAGAUACGGGAUUUCGAUGAUCGAUUACUCCAAAAACAGGAGCAAUUCAAUGCUAAUGUGAAUUCAUUUUCGAAGGAGACCCGAAUAUCCUCAGUUACAGAUUCUCUGGAGGAUGGAUCACAUGAUACAACCCGUUUGUCGCGAGAUCGGGAUGUUUUUACAGAAGGGAGCCACCACAACACCCCAACUGGUUCGAUGACUUCAGCGUCUCUUAUGUCUCCUUUGCCCCCUAUUAAAUCUACCGGUUCCGGUGCAGCGUCGAACAAUGACUUGAAACCCGGGGAUACGCCAAAGAGUCAAACUGCUGAGCCGAAUCCAGACUACAGUAAAUACAGACCAAGGUCAUCGAUCCCUGCACGUCUCUCAGCAUCCACCUAUGCUCAGCAAUGUAUCGCUGCAGCUCAUGCCUCGCGUCUCAAUCCAUACGCGCUGCACCAAGGCGAACAGAACUUGUUGCAGGAUGAUCUUUGCCACCUUCACGUUACUGUAUAUCUUAACAUUCGCAACGGAAUCCUUCGACUGUGGACAAGAAAUCCAAUGGUUAGCGUUACAAGAGAAGAAGCGCUUGGUUGUGCCAAGGACAUUAGGUGGAUGAAUCUUGCCUCUGUUGCGUACGACUGGCUCAUUCGCAAUGGGUAUAUUAAUUUUGGGUGUGUCGAUAUUCCAAAAUCCAUAAACGCCCCCAAGAGAGGCCGGAGGAAGGAUGGACCAACCAUAGUCAUAGUAGGAGCGGGUAUGGCAGGUUUGGGUUGCGCCAGACAACUUCAAGGACUGUUUCAGCAAUACCCGGAUGUUACUACUUCGCCAAAAGUGAUUUUAUUGGAAGGCCGUAAAAGGAUAGGCGGACGCAUAUACUCACACCCUCUCACAUCCCUACAGUCAAAUACAUUGCCAAAGGGUCUACGAUCCACGGCAGAAAUGGGAGCUCAGAUUGUUGUGGGUUUCGACCAUGGAAAUCCGCUGGAUCCGAUUAUCCGUGCGCAGCUUGCUCUUCGAUACCAUCUACUACGGGAUAUCUCAACUAUUUACGACGUUGAUGGUACGCCCGUUGACGAGUUAAGGGAUGCAAUGGUUGAGAAGCUUUAUAAUGAUAUUCUCGACCGCUCCGGAGCUUACCGUCAUAAGGCAGUUAUUGCCCCUGCAGCAGAAGGUGAUAGGGAGCUUAUAGAUUUGGGUCGUGACUCAUCGGCAGAUGAUGGACUCACCGUUAGGCAAUACGAAGAGGCUACGGCUUCGGGCACAAUCGGAUUGCUGCUUCCCACCAAACGUGUUGGAAGGGGUGUUAGCCACAAGACAGCAAAUGUUAAAACUUCCUCCGGUGUUCUGCUAUCAGAUCUUGGGGCAACCAAUAACCACUCAGCGGCUGUCGCAUGUCAGGCAAUGGGAUGGAAGUUAAGAAAUGGCGUUACGAGCCAUGAUUCCAUAUAUUUAAAUGGGAUUGCAACAAAGACAAAAACCCAAUCGUUGGGCGCAGUCAUGGACGAUGGCAUAAGGCAAUACCAAAAGCUCUUGCCGCUGACACCCAGGGAUAUGAGGUUGUUAAAUUGGCAUUUCGCUAAUCUCGAAUAUGCUAAUGCCGCCAACGUUGGCAAGCUCAGCUUGUCAGGUUGGGAUCAGGAUAUGGGUAGUGAGUUUGAAGGCGAACAUGCACAGGUUGUUGGGGGCUACCAACAGGUUCCGAGGGGGCUUUGGAAUUUGCCGGAUAAGCUUGAUGUUCGAACCAAUAAGUGCGUGACGAAGAUAACAUACGAUCCGCGAGGAGCCUCGAGUCAUAAAACCGCCGUCCAUUGCGAGGAUGGUGAAAUCAUCCACCCAGAUAGAAUUGUCUUCACCGCUCCCCUGGGCGUUCUCAAAAAGGAGUCUAUCAAAUUUGAGCCACCUCUUCCCCAAUGGAAAACCGGUGCUGUUAACAGACUUGGUUUUGGGACCAUGAACAAGGUUAUACUCGUGUUUGAAAAGCCGUUUUGGGACGUAGAGAGGGAUAUGUUUGGUCUCCUUCGAGAACCAACGGUACAAAACAGCUUGUCCCAAGCGGAUUACAGCCGAAAUCGUGGCAGAUUUUAUUUGUUCUGGAACUGCAUCAAAACCACUGGAUUACCAGUGCUGAUCGCGCUAAUGGCUGGCGAUGCCGCACACCAAGCUGAAGCGAUGACCGACACUGAAAUUCUGGGUGAAGUCACAUCACAACUUCGUAAUAUUUUCAAGGAGGUUGCUGUACCAGAUCCCUUGGAGACUAUUAUCACACGCUGGGGCAAGGAUAAGUUCGCCAACGGCAGCUAUUCCUACGUUGGCACCGAAGCACUGCCUGGCGAUUAUGACCUUAUGGCCAAGCCAAUUGGAAAUCUAUACUUCGCUGGUGAGGCUACAUGCGGUACUCAUCCGGCCACCGUGCAUGGAGCAUAUCUCUCCGGGCUACGUGCAGCAUCCGAAAUACUUGAAUCCAUCAUCGGACCCAUCACUUUUCCCAAGCCGCUGGUUCUCACCAAAUGCAAAAAAACAACCAACGCUCCCCUCACAGCCAUGGACAGCACCUCUAUCAACGGCAGCACAGUCAACGGACGAAAACGAAAAGCAUUACUUUCAGAAUCCCCAGCAGAAAAACCAGCCGCUGCCCCCCGAUCAAACACUUCUUUACUAUCCGCAUCCUCCGUUCGCGAAGCUUACGACAAAGCAAUGUGGAACGCAAUCAUCAACGAACUCGGCCCGGCUGAACCACGACCAGCCAAGAAGCCUCUGAAUCCAUUCUUGCUCUACCAGAAGGACUAUUGGCACAUUUGCAAAACGAAAUGCAACGAGGCGCGACGCGCAAGCACAGGAAAUGCCAACGCCAAAGCCCCCAGGGAGGAGAUCCGCCAGGCACUGGGCCAGAUGUGGCGUGAUGCUCCUGAAGAUAUCCGACAACCAUACAUUGACCAGAUUUGUGAACAUCGUCGUGAAAAUGAUGAGUCUUUGGAGAAAUGGAAGGAGAGGAUUGUGGAGUGGGAGCGAAGGACGUACGAGGUUAAGGAUCGCUGGUGCGCGGCGAAUCCGUUUGAUGCGUUCGAGGUUCAAGCCACCAAGAAGCAUUUGGAAGGGAUUAGUGGCCAGGACGAGAAUGGAGAUGAAGACAUAUUUAAAGCGGGCAGGAAGACAAGGCAGAUUCAUUGA